UCAGCAAGAGCAUGGAAGGAGCUGCACAAGUAGCGGCCCCCCCGGUAGGUGGGCCACGUGGCGGUGGUUACAGAGGCCGCGGCGGAGGCCCACCCAUGCGCGGUGGUUUCGAGCGGGGACGUGGACGCGGCAUGGGUCGCGGUCACUUUAUGGGUGGCAUGCGCGGUGGUGGCAUGGGCGGCGGUGGGCCGCCUAUGCAGGGUAUGAUGCAAGGACCUCCACGCGGCAUGCGUCCUCGAGGCGGACUGGGCUAUCAAGGCCGUGGUGGCGGCGGCUUUCAACCACGCGGUGCUCCAAUGGGCAUGAGAGGCGGACGCCCACCAAUAUACCAACAGCCGCCCAAACAGCACACGGGUGCCGAUAACAACAAGACUGUAUCGCCGGUGCCCACGGCUGCAGCAGCUGGUGAGCAGCAGACAGGCGAAGCAGCAGGUGAAGACGGUACGGAUUCAGCAGCGGCCGGCACAGGCACAACAGCGGUUAACUCACACGUGGCGAGCGGUGCGCCUGGCAGCAGUAGUAGCAACGGUGGAGGACCGCCUCCAUAUAUAAGUCGGGGUCGAGGUCGCGGCGGUCCAUUCAGCGGUCGCGGACGAGGCGGCGGUUACAAUCCACACAUGAACGGCAGCGGCGGCAAUGGCAUGUAUCCGCACUCACAUCAUGCUAGCUCCAUGGGCGGACCAGGAGGCGAACAUGGAGGAAUGCCUCGUCGCGGCUCUAUGCGCGGACGCGGCGGUGGCUACAAUCAAGGUAUGAGUCGGCCACCCAUGCAACAUCACCAACAGGCACAUAAUGUCAAUACACAAAUUGCACCGGUACCAGCUCUCAAACGCGGCGCACCCGGAGGUCCAGGCCCCAAGCGUGGACGAUACGAGGGCGGACCCUAUGGCCAGCGGCCCAUGACACCAAAGUAUCAUUCGGCAUCCCAGCAUAUGCCACAAACAACAUAUGGCUCACCGCCCAGUCAUCACGCGCCAGCGCAAAGUCAUCAUGGUGGCUAUCAGACGCACGACCAGACACAGCAGGUCGAUCCAUAUUCUCAGAGCGGCUACAGUGCUUCGGCAACUGCUCAGCAAGGCUACAAUGGCUAUGGCCAGAGCAGCGGCUAUACAGCACACACAACCCAGUCGAGCACGCCGGCCAGCAGCAGCUAUGCGUCGCAUCAUGGCACCGAAUACGAUCAGAGUCAAUAUCAGGGUUACAACUCCACGGGAUAUGCCACCCAGCCGGAUACGCGCUAUCAGCCAUAUAGCCAAGACUAUAGCCAGCAGUAUGGUUCGGCUACCGUUGAUUACAAUUCAGCUGGACAGGCGGAUUACAGUCAGCAGAGCGCUGGUUACGAUGAACGCGCCUAUGCCGGUUAUGAUUCGCAGGCAUAUUCGCAGAAUUAUUCAAAUGCAGCUGCCUAUUACUAAACUACAGUCUGCCGCAUCCCUCGAAUGGCGAUACCCAACAGUGAAGAACGCUGCGCGUGCUCCAACACGUAUGCCAAAAACCAAAACAAGGGAUUAGGGCUAACGAGCAUAACCAUAUGAAUGUUUAAUGCAAAAAUUUGCUUGCUAUAUAAAUUAAUACGUACACGUAGACACACAUACCCACAAACAUUGAAAACACUCACACACAAUUAGUCUUAAGCAUAAAGUUCUCUUUUCCUAGCGUUUAAGGUUAAACGUGUUGCUACGUCUUGCUUUUCAUCUCCCUAUCUAUCCUAUCCAAUUUUCCGAAACCUUUGUGUUUGUUCGUCUUUGCAAUACCCUAUCAUUGUGACUGGCAAGAAGAUUGUAUCGCCUGUUGUUAAAUGUUUUGUUAGUGGACAAAUGGAGCCUUGCAUCGCUUUAAGUGCUCCCGCCAAUAAAUCGGAUUAUGUAUAUUUCUUUAUAUUUUACAAACUAUUUUUCAAUUUAUCUAUUUGAUGAAUGCGAUCCAAAAGUAAAUCAAUAUUGUGAAUCAUGUCAUAUUGUAUA